AGCAUUGUGAAGGUAAACACUAAACACAUUAUAAAAGGCACAAGAGAGAGAGAGAAUGCAAGGCACCCACGUAGAGAACCUCUAAAAACAAAAAUAAAAACAUUCUCUCCCAUUCCUCCCCCCCUUAGCCCUUCCUUCCUUCAUUUUUUUUCUCUUUCUUUUGUUGGUUUGUUUGUUCCUUUUGUUGUACGUUCUCCUUUGUUCUCUUCUUCCGCAUUUGGUACAUGCGGUGUUCUACUUCUCUCUUGGUUUGAUAACAGGAUUUGACACAAGUGUUGUGGUCUCCCAUUUCAGGAGAAUCACUCACUGGCAUAAUAUAGAGCUUGUUAAAAGCAAAAAAAAAAAAAAAAGUGAAGUGUUUUGAGAUCUGGCAUGUUAUCCUUUUCUCUCUAGCUUUAAUUUCUUUGUGGGGGUGUGUAUGUGCUAGAGUAACUGACAUUCCAGCUCUGCUUCCUUUGUUUUGCGUGGCCCAGAAGCAAAAUAACAAUCACCAAAAGAAAAAAUACAUAUAUAUUCCACCCAAGUGAUUCUUUUAAACCCUUUUCGAUCCACCAUUCUCACCUUGUUGAGCUUGGCCUAGCUAGCUUUGCUUCCCACUCCUCACUAGUUAACUCUCUUUUAUUAUUUUUCUGACACCAAGCUUGAUCAAAACGUACGGUUCCAAUGGAUCGCUUUUCUUCCAGUACCAUUCUCCCCGAAGCGUUUCAAGGUGCCAAAGAUGACUUCACCAUGCAGCUUGCAUUGGUGUGGAACCAAAUCAAAGCGCCACUGAUUGUCCCGUUGCUGAGACUAGCAGUGUUUCUGUGCUUGAUCAUGUCGGUGAUGAUGUUCAUUGAGAGAGUCUACAUGGGCAUUGUCAUCACUCUGGUGAAGUUGUUUGGGAGAAAGCCAGAGAAACGUUACAAGUGGGAGCCAAUGAAGGACGACAUUGAGUUGGGAAACUCUUGUUACCCAAUGGUUCUUGUUCAAGUCCCCAUGUACAACGAAAGAGAGGUUUAUCAGUUGUCUAUUGGAGCAGCAUGUGGGCUUUCUUGGCCUUCAGAUAGGAUCAUCAUACAAGUCCUUGAUGACUCCACUGACCCAACAAUCAAGGAGUUGGUGCAGCUUGAAUGCCAAAGAUGGGCAAGCAAAGGGGUGAACAUAAAGUAUGAGGUUAGGGACAAUAGGAAUGGGUACAAAGCAGGGGCUCUCAAAGAAGGCAUGAAGCGUAGCUACGUGAAACAAUGUGAUUGUGUUGCUAUCUUUGACGCUGAUUUUCAACCAGAGCCUGAUUUCCUGUGGCGGACCGUUCCAUUUCUCGUGCACAAUCCCGAAUUAGCCCUCAUUCAAGCACGGUGGAAAUUUGUGAAUGCCGAUGAAUGUUUGAUGACCCGAAUGCAAGAGAUGUCACUAGAUUACCAUUUUACUGUGGAACAAGAAGUGGGGUCUUCCACUUACGCCUUCUUUGGUUUCAACGGGACAGCGGGAGUAUGGAGAAUUUCGGCGCUUAAUGAGGCUGGUGGAUGGAAGGAUAGGACCACAGUGGAAGAUAUGGACUUGGCCGUGCGAGCCAGUCUCAAAGGAUGGAAAUUCUUAUACUUGUCUGACUUGAAGGUUAAAAAUGAGUUGCCAAGUACUUUCAAGGCCUACCGCUACCAACAGCACCGUUGGUCUUGUGGUCCAGCCAAUCUUUUUAGGAAAAUGGUCAUGGAGAUCAUAAAUAACAAGAAAGUGUCAUUGUGGAAGAAGAUACAUGUGAUUUACAGCUUCUUCUUUGUUCGGAAGGUCGUAGCACACAUAAACACGUUUGUGUUUUAUUGCAUUGUAUUACCUGCAACAGUUUUGGUGCCUGAGGUUGUGGUCCCAAAGUGGGGAGCUGUCUAUAUCCCUUCCAUCAUCACUAUUCUUAAUGCAGUUGGAACUCCAAGGUCACUCCAUUUGAUGGUCUUCUGGAUUCUCUUUGAGAAUGUCAUGUCUCUGCAUCGAACAAAGGCAACGAUUAUUGGUUUACUUGAGGCAAGUCGAGUGAACGAAUGGGUUGUCACUGAAAAACUUGGUGAUGCUCUCAAGACUAAAGCAGGAGGUAAAGCACCUAAAAAGCCUCGAUUCAGGAUUGGAGACAGGAUUCACUUGUUGGAACUUGGUGUCGCAUUCUACCUCUUCUUUUGUGGCUGCUAUGAUAUUAUGUUUGGGAAAAACCACUUCUUCAUCUUCCUCUUUAUCCAAUCUUUGGCCUUCCUCAUCAUGGCAUUUGGAUAUGUUGGCACCAUUGUUCCCAACUCCUAAGAAGGAUUCGGCACUUCAUUCGGCUAUUUCAGCUUCUGUGCCUUCAUGUCAACGUGUAUUGUAGUGUUUUCAACAUAGUUCUGGAAAAUCACAGCUUGUUACUAUAAAAAAGAAAGGGUGGUCAUUCUUCAAGGUGUUGCAUAAUCAGAGUCAGUGACUCCAAAGAGUUACUUUUCUUGUGAAUAUACCGCAAAGAUAUAUAAGCAAAUUACUGAAAUUCUUCUCAUGAAAGGUAAGUAUACAGAACAAGAUCGCAGCAAUCAUGUGGCAUCGAUCCUCCGGGGAGCAAACAUUGGAUGGAUUGUUUAUAAGAUUUUGUAGUUUUUUUUUUUUAACUUUUGCUUUUCUUUACAUUGUAUUUGUUUGAAGAAAUAAACAGCUUCAAGAAAUGGGAUAAAAUACACAGUUUCAUUUUGCA